AUUAUAGUGUUCAUGCAUUUAUGUAUACAUAUUAUGCAUUUCGUGCUAUGAAAUGUCCUAUACCCAAAUGGAUGCAAGUAACUGUUACUGUAUUUCAACUAUCACAAAUGGUUGUUGGAUGUUUUGUUAAUUAUAAAGCAUAUGUUUAUAAACAAAAUGGUGCAUCAUGUGCUGUUACUUAUGCUAAUAUAUUCUGGUCAUUUGUUAUGUAUGCAAUUUAUUUUGGUUUAUUUCUUCAUUUCUUUUGUGUCUCUUAUUUAUCAAAGAAACCAGUAACAAAAGUCAAUGAUGAAAAUGAACGUAAAAAGAAUAAAUAA